CCCCGCCCCGCCGCCGCCGCUCACCCCCCCCGCGCGCGCGGGGGGCGGCGCGGCGCGGCCUCUCGGGGGCCGCAUGCGGCGCGGCCUGCGUCGGCGGGCUCAGGGCCCCCGGGUGCGGCGCCGCUGGCGUCGACGCUGCGGCGCUGGGGCUGGCGCUGGCGCUGUGCCUCUCGCUCGCGAAGGAGGUCGGCUUCGCAGGCCCCGCAGGAGCGACCGCGGCGCCGGCGCGGAAGAGGGCCGCCCUUUCCGCCGAGCCCGGAGGCGUCAUUGGGGAUGAGGCGCGGCUGCCGGAGAAACUGCUCGCGGGGGUGCUGGCGGACCCCCGCAACUUCCAGCAGAGGCCGCCAACGCGUAGCCGUUCUUCGUGCACAACAUGCCAGUCCUGUAGAAAAGGAUGCGGUUUCUUGCCCAUGGCAAGAGCAGUUUGCUCGCUAACCUCCAAGUUUCCUGUUGUGGUGUCGUCGCGUGAUAUGGCAUGUCUAGUUUAGUUCAUAGCAUUCAAUUAUUCAGUUUGCUGGCAAGUUUGUUUUGGUGAACGCUGUUGUGCUACGUCGAGAGCUUGAAUGUGGAUUCAUUUAUUCUGGGUAUUUGAUUGCAUUUUAUUUCCAGCUUGAGCUGAUGAUCGUCUCCACAGCGAGCUACGGCCGUCAUUUGUGAGCUGGGACGUGAUUUCCGUCCGUACUUGUGCACAGGCAUUAGUUCCAGUCUCCAUCUCAGCAUCAUCUCACGCGGUUUGAGCCACCCUCCCCACCCCCCUCUCACCGGCAGGAGUCCAUGUCGGCAGGAGGCAAACGUUUGGUUGUCGACACCUCCGCGGGCUACCUCUACAUAGUCCCAGACAUACGGACACAUAGCAAACAUUGUGCCCUCAUUUGUGUACGUCGGUCCGCCACGAGUGCUGAAAACUGGUCCCAAGGAAGGGGCCAAGAGCCCCGGGAGCCCACGCUACGAAGAAAUUGCGACGCUGGAGGGGAGGGGACAUCAAAGUUCAUUGGGCGCGACCGACAAUAGAGCCACCGCACCCAGAGGCCUGCGCAGGGCCAAUAAGGAUGACAGCUUGUAACA